AUGUCUGCCACUUCACCCACCCAGCAGCAGGCCCAGCAGGCCUUGGCAUCCCCCGCCUUGGCAUCCCCGACCCAGGCGGCAGCGGUGGCAGCAACGACGACGCCGACCGCUGCAAAUGCUGCAGCCGUGACGUCGCCUCAGCAGGCUCCGCAGCAACAGUCGGAUGCUGCUGCUGCUGCUGCGGGCAACACUACGACCAGCGCCAACAAUACCAACACUGCUGCCACCAAUACUAACAACAACAACAACAACAACAACAACAACGGCAACGGCAACGGCAACGGCAACGGCAAUUCUGCCCAGCAAACCACACAAGGCCAAGCGCAGGCCCAGGCGACCGCUCAAGCUCCUGCAACCGGCACGACGUCGGCCCAGAACCAGUCUGCUCCCGCUACAAAUGCGGCGUCGGCCGACAGCAACACUCCUGCUCCCACGUCUGCUACCCCGCAGUCGGCCACCAGUACUACGGCUGAGGUGCCCCUCAUCUGUAAGUGGAAUGAGUGCAAUGAGCCGUUCGCCACGGCCGAGGCUCUCUAUGAGCAUCUCUGCGAGAAGCAUGUCGGUCGCAAGAGCACCAACAACUUGAACUUGACCUGCCAGUGGAACCAAUGCCGAACCACGACCGUCAAGCGCGAUCACAUCACUUCACAUAUCCGGGUCCACGUUCCUCUGAAGCCUCAUAAGUGCGACUUCUGCGGAAAGGCGUUCAAGCGGCCUCAGGAUUUGAAGAAGCAUGUCAAGACGCACGCCGACGACAGUGUCCUCGUUGGCCCGCGUACGGCCCAGGAUCCGCAAGGCUUGAACGCGAACUACCGUGCCACGCCGAGAGCUCCUCCCUCCAUGUACGACCAGCAUGGCCAUAUGCGCGGUGCUAACCAAGGCCACUUCGCCGCUCCGCCGCAGAACGGUCAGCCUAACUACUAUCAGCCGCCUGCCCCUCCACACCCUUCGUACCACCCGUCCAUGUAUGGCUACCAGCAGCCUCCCCCGAUGGGCGGCGGCGCGCCGCGUCCGGACUAUCUGAGCCAUCAGGCCGCCGCCGCUCCCGCUCCCUCGCCCUCGUUUGGCGAGGUUCGUCGCCGCGGUAUGGAUGACCUCAACGAAUUCUUUGGAGCCCUCAAGCGCCGCCAGAUCGAUCCCACUUCCUACCAGCAGAUCGGCCGCUCCCUGAUGCCCCUCCACGCCAGCCUUGGUUUUAGUGCCGGCGGUGGUCUGGCCGCUGAGUACAUGCCGCAGCCCCCUCAUACCCUUGGCGUGGCUGGCUCGCACGGCCCGCUGACCCAGCACUACUAUCUACCGCCCAUGCCCAACCUCCGCACCAAGGAAGACUUACAACAAAUUGACCAUAUCCUCGAACAGAUGCAGGCUACGGUUUAUGAAACCGCGGGCUCACCUGCCGCGCAAUACCCCCCCGUCGAUUUACGUCACUCGCCGACCGCCUAUGCGCCCCGCGGCCCCGCCCCUGCCGCCGCUGCUGCUGCCAACCCUGCAGACCAGUAUGCCGUCUCGGCUGCUCAAGUUGUUUCCCCCCUUACUGCCCCCGCAAGCUCGACUGGCGGCACCCCGGCCGUCACUCCUCCCUCAAGCACCAUAUCGUAUGCCUCGGCUCACUCACCUACCGCGUCUUCUUCGGGCAUGUCUCCCUCUUCGCGCCAUAACUCGACCUCAGCCCCCGUCUCGUACCCAAGCCUGCCCAGCCGCCCGGGCCUGCCUUACCCGACCGCCACCGCUCUCGGUUCCAACUUUGCUCAUAACGAGCGCCGCCUGUCGGGUGGCAUGUUACAGAGCGCCAGCAGCAUCGCUCGUCGCGACUCGGACCGUACCCCGACCCCUAAGGGCGUUGCUGCCGCGGCUGAUGGUACCGCUGUCAGCUCGCCCUCGGAUGCCUCUGAGCACGGCACUGAAACUGACUCGUACGAGGGCACUCAGCUCUAUCGUCUCAUUGAAGCUCUGCGCAUCUCCAUCCGCCAGCGUCUCCAACGUGGCGAGUACGAGGUCGACUCGGAUUCCAACCAAAUGCAGAUUGACCCGGCUCUUCAUGGCAACCAGGCUGACAAUGUUGGAAAUGCCGAUGACAGUACCAACAUUAAUGGCAACGGCUCUGCCCGCGAGGAUCGCGUUUCGUAUCCGUCGCUGCCCUCUGCUUAG